AUGUCAGCCUCGAAUGAUGCGGUGUUCCACCGGCGGAAUAAGCAGAUCCAGGAUGCAAUUGAUGGGCAGAACCUAAAGCAAGCAUUACAGCUAUGUGAGAAGAGGAUCAAGAAGGGUGAAGACACGAGAUUUUUGAGGGCAUGGAAAGCUCAUAUCCUCUUCCGCCAUACAGACGAAACACACCACCAGCGCGGCAUCGUCGAGACCCUUGACCUCUGUGACCUCGAUCCUCCUACGACCGACCUUGAUACCCUUGACAUUCUCUAUCAGACACUGCGGAAACUUGACGGCCAUGAAGGAACGAUGCGCACUCUGUGGGAGAAAGCUGCUAAAGCAAAGCCCCAGGAUCUGGAUAUUCAGAUGCGAUGGUUCACAUAUGCUUUUGAGGGAGGGGAUUGGAAGUCGGCGCAGAAAGCUGCCAUGAGUCUUCAGAACAACUUUCCCAAGUCACGGAAGUACUAUUUCUGGGCCAUCUUCCUCUGCUAUCUUAUCACUGUCGACCCUGCGAGCUCAGAAGCAGAUCGCAAGCUUUUCGGUACUCUUGCAUACCGUAUGAUUUCUAAGGCUGCCGAGAGCGUGCCCUCUGACCCGAUUAUGGUUUCCGUACAGAAGGAAUUGCUGAGUCCUCCUAGGGCUGUACAAACUGCCGAGGAAUUGCUAUUGCUUAUCAAGAUCUUCGAGAAGCAAGACCGCUACGCUGAAAUUGUGAAAAUUCUCGACAGCGAAAACCUCGGUAUCAAAUCUAGGAUUGUCCAGAACGAUUGGUCGUUUGUUCGCUCUAAGAUCAUUAGUCUCGAGAACGCCAAGUUGUGGAAUGACGGAGCGGCCUUUGCUAAGAGUCUGUUGAGCGGUUCUGAGGAUUCCAUAGCUCUCAAGGAGAGUGAUGAUUGGGCCGUGUGGAACUUGCUACUGUCGGCGACGCAGAACGCUGAGAGAGACGAAGCGUGGCAAGAGACUCAGACAUUUGUCGAGGAAUUCAUCCAGCGCCAACCGAAGUCGCGCAAUGCACAACUAGCUUCCCUAGAUCUUUCAUAUCGAAGGUACCAGUCUGGGGGCAAAACAGGUGCAGAUCUCCUGUCUGCUUGCCAAACUUAUUUCGACAGGAACCGGAAGAAACUAUACUGUUUCGCUGACCUGAAAAAGUAUCUCGUUGCUGUAGACAAAGAUUCUCUGAACAAGUUCCUAGAUCAUGUCUCGCAAAAUGUCAAAGACGAUACCGCAGCGAAAGAUGUCAAUGAUCCGUUUAAAGACGUUGCUCAGAUAAACGCUCUCAAGUUCGAAUACUGCUUUAAGCUCUCACAGAAUGACAGCAGCGCCACAAAAGAACAGGUGGAGGACUUUGUUCUGCGCUGUCUUGAAGAAUACCGGAAGAUUGAGCGGCCUGAUCGCAGCGAAGCUCCGUCUACUAUCGAGAGUCAGCCAGGAGAUGACCUCUGUCUUCUAGCUGCUACGAGCCUGAUCCGCUUCGACGAGCAGGGGAAAGACGUGAACGUCAACAAGGCCCCGAGUCCGGUCUUGAUACGUGCUGGUGCGAUUUCGGAUCGUCUCCUUGUUGAUUCACCGCAUAACUACCAGGCUCUUCUGCUGCUGGUACGGAUCUACCUCCUGUUGGGUGCUGGUUCCCUUGCCUUAAAGACCUUCAGCAAGCUCUCUGUCAAACAGAUGCAGUACGAGACUGUUGCCCAUAACUUGUACACGCGUCUGUCCACCAUUCAUCCUCAGUCAGCGCCGCCCAUUGAGGGUGCCGAAUACAAGGACUUCAACCCUCAGUCAGCACUGAUACAGGCCCUCAACUUCUAUCGAAAUGCGGAUAUCACGACUGUGCGAAGCCGCACUAGCGGACUUGACUAUGGAAGUUAUGUCAAUGUUCAAGGUAGUAUCGAUUUGCAAGACCGGCUAGGACGUAGUAUUUGCAGGAAGAUGUGGGCCCUGGAUGUACGACGCAUGCAGAGGCUCGUCGGCGGAGACCCAACGAGUCGCUACGAUGAGCUGGCACGGGACCCUUCGCCAUUGGUCGACCAACGAACAUUUGAUGCGUUCAUGAAUUGCGAAGCCCCCGGCCUACCCACAUUCGAGGAGCGAAUGCGCCCCGGACCAUUGCCUAAGGAACACUGGGUGAAAUCAGCUAUGGUAGCAGACACGCUCUUCGUCCUUCUCAAAAACAUAGCACUCCAGAAACCAGCAGGCCCUGAGGCGGACUUACCUGCUCUCGAAGAGCUGCUGGGCUCGACACCAGAAUCAGAAAUGACUCCGACUGAGAUAGAGCUGGCUAAGAUCCAUCUCGUCCUGCUAAAGAUUACAUAUUUCGUCAACGGUUCGAAAUCCGUGUCAGGGGCUGACCUCGAACCUCUGCUCAGCCAAGUGGAAGAAUGGCUCAUGUCCAUCUCUAAAUCCAUUUCCUCGGAGACGGCUAAUGGCCCUGCCGCUUUUACUGAUACAACCCUUACCGUACACUCCGAGAAGCCAUCCGCACCAUCCUGGCUAUAUCUCCACCGUAGCUUUUCUGUCCUCGAGACUCUUAGAGCUAUUUCCCUUCUGGUGUCUGUAUCUGCGAAGAAGACAUCGAAAGCUACGAAGAUCCCGAAAGAGCGCGCCGAUCGCCUCUCCGCGCUUGCCCGGCAGGCUCACGAAACGAUCAGAUCGAACACCCGUGCUCUCAAAUCCCGCAUAUCGGAACCUGGAGCUCUGGGUACACUGAUUGACCUCGUCACUAAUGGUACGGCCGGUGAGACCGGUGAAGCAUUGCGGACACAGCUGGAACAUACGCUAGAUACUGCUGCGUUGGAAUUAUACGUCGGUUCAUUGAUGGAGAGUUGGGAAGAAGGACUCGACGGAGUUCUCAGUGUCACCGUUUGA